ACGCCCUUGUACAAAAUGUUAGCAUUGAAAUUAAUUAUUCUAAUGUGCUCUUUAAGCCACGCCCGGAGUGCGGGAAUAACAGUGCCGGGCACUAAUUGGUGUGGCCCCGGUAAUAUAGCUAGAAAUUACAAUGAUCUUGGCUCACAUGUGGAACUGGACAAAUGUUGUCGCGCCCAUGACAAUUGCAAGGAGAAAAUAUUAGCACAGGACUCGGGCUAUGGCCUACACAAUUAUGGAUUAUUUCCCAUCUUCUCCUGUACCUGUGAGGAGGCAUUCCGCAAGUGUUUAACCUCCUUGCAUAGCACCGAAUCGGCUGCCUUGGGACGCAUAUAUUUUGGGACCACGGAGAGUUGCUUUGCCUAUGGGCAUCCCAUAGUGGAAUGCUUGGAGAAGCAGUGGGACAUAAGUUUUCAGAAACGUUGCCUCUCAUACAGAGUGGAUGAGACCAAGCCGAAGGUCUGGCAAUUAAAUGACUUGGCUUUUUAUACAUACGUAAGCGAGAGCACUGAGCAGUAGUAAGAGGGGAGAACAAUCCGUCAAUUAAAUGAUAAGCUAUAUAAACUUUGUACAUUUGAAAAUUCAUAAUAUUUUAUUUACAAUUC